CGAGCACAGAAGACUGCACCGGUUGAGCAGAGACAACAGGAGCAGGUUUCCUCUUUUUGCUGACAACAUGAAUCUGAAAUACAUUUUGAUCAUCCAGCUGAGCUGUCUGUGUCGAGCCUCACCAAACUCCACUCAAACAGACUCAGCUCAUGUCCAGGUGAGAGCUGAGGAUGAGGAAUCAGACAGUGACCCUCUCAUUCACAGACUCACCAGUAAAUGUCACUUCACAUUCAUGAUGUCUGGAAACAGGAGAAGUGAUGUGGUGGCUUUCACAGCAGACUCCAUGGACACCUUAGUUGAACAGAUCUGUCAGGAUCUUGAGUGUGGCAGCGUCUAUCGUGUGACUAACAGCAGCUCACCUGCUAACAUCAGCUGCUUUGAUGACUGUUAUUACGAAGAUGGCCGACUGAAAAACUGUUCACAGACUUUUGCAGAAAACUGCACAGUGAUUUCUGAAGCUGUUUGUGGUCACCAUGUCGCCCGGCUGUCAGGAGGGUCAGACCGCUGUGCUGGCCGGGUGGAGUUGUGGAGAAACGGCAGGUGGGGCACCGUUUGUGAUGACCAGUGGGACCUGCGGGAUGCUGACGUCGUCUGCGCCCAGUUGGGCUGCGGUUAUGCUAUAAAUGUGACGGGACAGGGCGGCCUCUUCUCCCGAGGUAAAGGACCUGUCCACCUGGAUGAGCUGAACUGUACGGGCAAAGAGGAACACCUGUGGGCCUGUCCGUCUGCACAGGAGGAAUCCGACUGUGGACACAAAGAGGACGCUGGUGUCGUCUGCUCAGAGAUGAGAGCGGUCAGACUCACUGGGGGUCUGGACCGCUGCUCUGGUAAAGUGGAGGUCCAUCGUAACGGCAGCUGGGGAACAGUGUGUGAUAACUGCUGGAAUUCAAAGCUGGCCUCCAUCGUCUGCUCCAUGCUGCAGUGUGGGGAAAGACCAAAGCAGUACUCUCAGUUUAAACCUCCUCUCACUCACAACAAGGGGACACAAUGGUACUAUCAGUGUUAUUCAAACGACCAGAGUCUGUGGCAGUGCAGGGAGAUCAACAACAGACCUUUCCUGUGUGCUUCAUCAAAGGCAUCUGGUGUCAUCUGUGAGGGUUCCCUCGGUUUUCCCAACGCAACCACGGCCAGCCCAGUUUAUCCAGCUGUGACCACGCCAGCUACUAAAGUUAAGCCUACUGCCUCUCCUCGCUUCUCUCUCCUGUUGAUUGGACUUGUGUGCUCCAUCGCCGUGUCUCUGUUCCUCUUCGUGAUUCUGGUCAUAAACACGACGCUCUGCUGCCAUUACAGAAGAACUAACGUGAUACUGCUCCAGCAGACGAGCACCAAACCAGGAUUGUCCUCUGAACAUCACUACAACAACUACCAAGACUCUGUCAACCUCGUCAAGGUCACUGCUAACACAGCUAACACAGCUAACACAGAUGUGCCUUCAAACCCCAGGUAUUUCUGGACCCAGCUUAGUAGUGUUGACAGCACGUCAGUAGAUACAGACUAUGAGCAGUAUGAGCCAAACGUUGAGCCGUCUGUCCCUUUAUCAACCUUUCGCAACUCCCAGCGGUACAAAACAGAUGUGACCUCUUUGAUGAAGCCUGCAGGUCUUGAAAGCUUGUGUGAAGAGGGUCCUGACCCUGAGAAUGAAGUGAUGGGAGCUUUUACUGGCCGUAAUGGCAAACCCGUAGAUGCUCAAUACGCUCGAGUGUCAAAAAUUUCAGUGGACUCAUUUGAUACCUCGAGUACGUCAUCUGAAGAGUACGAGAACACAAACACCGGCUCCGUCCUGGUCACACCUGAACUGGAACAGACUGGCAAUAAUCAUCAUUUAUCUGAACAAUCAAGACACCUUCGAAGUCAAGCUGAUGGCGAAGAUGAGCCAGUUUACUCGCCUGUGAGUCCCGACCCAAACCCUUCAACUGAUGACGACUACGAUGAUAUUGACUGUUUACCUUAAACAGAUGAGGUAUGAAGGGAAUGUGACAAAAGCUGCAAAACUGGACCUCAAGCUGAAGAAACACAUUGAACAGUGAUAGAGGUUUACAGUUUUGGAUCAAACUAGAGCCCACAGGAUGCAUGGGACUUUUAAAACAGCAUUUAAAUGACAUUUUUAGAGGCUUGACAAUAAGAUACCACUCAAACAAGAGUCAUAAACAGUAGAAGCUUCUUAAAAUGCUUGGUUUAUAUAACAUUUGAUUCUUCUUUACCUUUCUGUGUCUUCGAAUGCUGGCUUCAGAGGAAUCCUCCCACUGUGAAACAUUUUAGAAACAUCUCUGUUUGCAGCAUGGAGAAAAUGACUUUCAUGUUGAGGCUUUAAAAGAAGAAGAAGGACUGUGGAAAAAUCGGUUGCCACAAACACAAGGACCCUUAAUACUCUUUUUUAUAUGUCAGAAUGUAUUUAUAUGCACCAUGUGCUAUAUCUGAGACUUUCAAAUUUACUUUACAGUUCGAGGAUUGUAAUGUCUUGUCUUUGCCCCAUCUGUUCUUUUUUCAUACAAAAAUAAAGAAUAAGAAAAAGAGAAAUUUCAAGAAAACAGCAGGAAGUCAGUGUCAGAACAUUUAAACAAGAAACAAAACGUGUGUUAAAACUUAAGAGGAAAUAUGAUGUUUAUUGGUUUGCAUUUUGCAUACCAGCUGACCCUUUAAGGCUUUAAAUGGGGCUGAGGUCAAGUCUUAGUAAAGGCUUGUUAUAGUAAUAAUAAUAAUAAUAAUAAUAAUAUUCUUUAUUUAUAGAGCACUUUUCAAAACAAUUACAAAGUGCUUCACAAGCAACAGAAAUUACAAUGCAAAUAAAAUACCAGUAAUCAGGCACUAAAGUGGAUACAGGUGAAAAGAUCAAGAAAUGUCAAACUCAAAUAAAAUCAGGUAAAUAAGAGCAGUUAAAAUGAAAGAAAAAUCAGGAAAGGCAUUUUGAUAAAGUAUGUUUUAAGAAGAGAUUUAAAAGAGUCACUGACUCAGCCAAUCUGAUUUCCUCAGUCAGGGAGUUCCAGAGCCUCAGAGCCCUGACUGAAAAAAAAUAUUAUUCACAAGACAUAAAAAUAAAAUCUCAAUACAUUUCUGAAACUUAAUAAAUACAAAUUCCCUUGGCACACCAUUCAGGGAACCACUGGAUCAUAGUUAGUUUUAUGAAUGCCCUACUGAAACCUCAAAGUAGUCAGACCCCCUUCACUUUUUCAGUUUUGUUAUGUUGUAGACUGAUGUUAAAACCACUUAAAUGUAUUUUUCCCACAUUAAUCUAUACUCAGUAUCCCAUAAUGACAAAUGAAAACAGAAUGUUAAAUUUGUUUGCAAUUUUUAAAUAAGAAAAGUUUUCCCCACUCUCCCAGUCCCUGUUGCUGGAAAACGCCCACAACAUGAUGCUGCCACCACCAUGUUUCACUAUCGGGAAGGUAUUGGACAGGUGCCUGGUUUCCUCCAGACAUAAUGUUUAGAAUUGAGGCCACACCGUUCAAUCUUGGUUUCAUCAGACCAGAGAAUCUUGUUUUUCACAGUCUGAGAGUCCUCAAGGGGUUUUUUGCGAACUGCAAGUUGGUUUUGUGGGUUUUUCACUGAGUAGAGACUUCCAUCUCGCCGCUCUACCACAAAAGCCUAGAUCAGUGGAGGGCUGCAGUGAUGGUUGUCCUUUUUGAACUUUCUCCCAUCUCCACACAGGAUCUCUGAAGAUCAGCCAGAGUGACUAAAUACCCUCUGGAUGCAUUUUAUGUGGAUCAGCCCUGGAUAAACUAUUUACUGUAUGAGACAAGAACAAAAAAUAAAACAUUUGAUGUCCAGAUCACUUCAGAGUCUGUUUGGGGUGGCCCCUGAUCAGCUCCAAAAUUUCAUGCUUGCUCACCUGGCCUGUGCUGCUUUUCCCUACAAUCUUACAGUGAGAUUUUCCAACAAGCAGUCAAGUUUUUUUUUUUUAUAUUUAAGAGCCAAAGCUUAAAAAUGUUGCCUUUUAAAUAAAAAAUCAGUUUCAGACACUUAAAGUGAUCAAAGACUGCUAAGGUAAAGACUUCUUAUCCAGCCCACACAAUCCAUGUUUUUACUUUUAGUGAAAAAUUGUGUUUGAAUAUUCCCUGAAGUUUCUUAUUAUACUAUAGUAUUGUCAGGGGGGAAAAUGUAGUAAAUCAAUUCUGCCACAAGGUGGCAUCAUAAGCUUUUGCCUGACUGGUUUGAAGGCCUCACACAGAAACUACAAACAAACCACCUCAUAAAACCACAGCAUUUUUGACAAAGACUUCUAGCUGCAGGACUUCGUGACCCAUCCCCAUUUGUGCUGAGUGAAUGAGAAGUCAAAUUAAAUGCACUGUGAAAAAGUUUGAAAGGAAAACUCUGGGUCUUAAACUGGGCCAACAUAAACCAUCAGAGCGGUUUGAAACCGGACCUGGCAUGCCUUUUUUUUGGGUCCAUUUCAUGUGCAGCAGCUGCAGAGCAUCAACGCUUCCUCCUGAUCGAAAAUGAUGCCUCAAAUCAAAGAGAGGUCAGGUUUUUUUGUGGAUGUAAAAAUGACAAAAUGCUUCAAAGUACCUGCAAAACUUUCAGCUGGGAGGAAAACACAUGCUCAUAGGAAGAUUGGAUUCAGUUAAGCUAUGUGAGUAGUGCUGCUUUAGACUGAUUACAAGCAGAAUUUGCUGUUUUUGACUGGAAGGUAUUUGGCAAAAAGAGGAAGAGGUGGAUGUCUCAAGGCCUGAAAAGAAAAGGAGGAGUAUUAUGGAGAUAAAAUGUCUCAUAGAAUCAUUUAUUACACUCAAAUUUAGUCCAGAGCUCAGCAUGGAGAUAAAGAGGCGAAUUAACGACCAGAUCUGCUUAUGAAAUUCAAUCUCUUUCACAUGCCAGAGUCAAACACACACUGUAGCGAUGCCAUCUACAAGUCUGAUAUAUCACAGAUCCUCCCUGAAACAGUUUCCUUUUGUUUGAUUCUGCUCUGAGAGAUUGAUAAGUCAGAGUCUUAAAAUCAGUGGAUUUACAGCCCUGAUUAACAUCAAGGGAAAGCAAAGCAGCGCCCCAGUAUUUCAAGCAGUUUGUAGCAUUUGAAGGAUUAAAAGAUCAAGCCUCUGUUUUUACUUUGUUCAUUAAAUCAGUUACACACAGAGGAUUACAGCUCCAUAAGUCCAUAAGUUGCUUAAAGUGUCCCGACAAGCGAACCUGCCCGGGUUUAAACUUUUGAACUCUGUUUGUUGUAGGAGGACGGAGACGACAGUACCUGCCGGCCGACAAUGUAGAGCACGUACAGUCCAGGGACUUAAUAAGAAGAAUUACACUGCAUCAGGAGGUUUUCAUUAUGUAACACCCAAAGCUGUUAAAGUUCCUGCAUGUAUUUAGGUUUUAUGAUAGAAUAAAAUAGAUAUAGUACACACAGUUUCAAGAUUACCAACAACUCAGACCUACUCUUCCCUACACUCAUUAACAUGUACUAAUACAGAUAAAAACCCUGUCUCGCUCUGUUAGGAUGUGGCAAAAGUAAGGCAUUCGACCCCCUUUAAUACCCUUCAUUGUUUAAGUGAUGCCCAGGGUGAGACACAUGAUAUAGACAGAAGUAUUUGGCCACACCUUUUAAUUAUUAAAUUCAGGUGUUUCAAUGAGACCUGAUGGGUAGAGACCUUUAGGCCCCUAUCCAUGCAGACUCCAUUUACAAACAUACAGAAUGGGUUGUUCUGAAGAGCUCAGUGACUUCAAGCGUGGAACUGUUAUGGAUGCCGUCUUUACAAAAAGUUGAUAUGCAACAGUCAGCUGUAAGCAGGGCUGCCACCAGAAUGGGCCCUCCCCAGCUGUGAUUUAUUGAUUUACAUGUGAUGGAGCAAAGUAUUCAUUUUGGCAGCUAUUUGUAAUUAUGGUCUCAGUCUUUAGGUGAAAUGUCUUUUAGUCAUUUCUAACCUUUUUAAUUUUAGUCGACAAAAAUGCAAAAACAUUUUAGUCCAGUUUUUGUCCAUAAAAGUCCUCACAUUUUAGUUUUUACUUUUAGUCCAAACAUUUAUUCUCUUGCCUAAGUCUGGUACCAAAUCACUGUAGUGUGUUAUAUGCAGAAAAAAAGGCUGUCAACAAACAUUUUUAGUCAUAGUUUUAGUUGAUGAAAUUAACACUGAUGGAUCAGUGGAAUUAGUGCUAGUGUCCCGACUGACAGUUACCAUAUUUUGGACCUUAAAAGUCUACCAAACUUUAACUGGGUUCUGAUAUUGCUACUUCUUUUAACCAAUUUUUGCUGUUUAUUGACCCUUUUUUAUUUUAACCAAUUUGUACUUAUUUGCAACUUUUUAAUCAUUUUUGCCUGAUCUUUUUUCCAGUUUGUCCUUUUUUUUGCAUUGUAAUUUUAUUUCAUUAAAGUUAUCUCAUUUUUUCUGUUUUUUGGGGGGGGGGGUAUUCUAAUAUUUGUGUACGUUGUGGCCUUGUGUUAAAGUCUGACAGUUCAAUGUGCCUAUCCACAUCGUUAAGAUUACUAAUCAAAGGGUUUUUGCUUGAAGAAAAGGGGUUGACAUUUUGAAAAGGGUUACAUUUUCCUGGAGCAUAAAUAAACAUUUAUUUUUGUUGCUUUGAUAA